AUGCCUGAUUACGAGACCUACGAUCUGGGGGACUUUGGCCUGCAGAACGGCGAGACACUGCCUGGUGCCUUCAUAGCCUACAAGACAUUUGGGGAGCCCUCCCUGCCUGCUGUUCUCUAUCCGUCAUGGUAUUCUGGCUCAAUCGGUGACAACGAAUGGCUUAUCGGAGAGGACAAAACACUCAAUCCAUCCAAAUACUUCAUUAUCAUAACGGCUUUGUUCGGCAAUGGCCAGUCCAUCUCACCUUCUAAUUCAUCCAACAGCCCUUUUCCUCACAUCGCAUUCUAUGAUAACGUUCGUGCUCAGCAUCAGCUACUGACACAAAAGCUCGGUAUCAAACAUCUUCGAGCUGUGACAGGAUGGUCUAUGGGCGCAGGGCAGAGCUUUCAAUGGGCCACACAAUACCCUGAUUUUAUGGAUAUCUGCGUCCCUUUUUGUGGCUCAGCAAAGACGUCGCUGCAUAAUCAGGUCUUUCUGGAGGGCGUCAAAUCUGCCCUCAUCGCCGCUAAAGGCUUAUCUAGCGCAGGAUCUGGAAAGGGACGCAUCGAAGCAAAAGGUCAAGAAGUCAGAACCUGGACCGACGAAGAGCGCACCGUGGGACUUAAAGCCUUUGCUCGAAACUAUGCUGGAUGGGGCUUCUCCCAGGCAUUUUAUCGUGGAAAAUUGCACGAAAAGUUCUAUAAUGCCAACAACCUGGAGGACUUCAUGGUCAAUUUCUGGGAAGCCUGGGCUCUGUCAAAGGAUCCAGAGAAUCUGCUAGUAAUGCUACAGACGUGGCAGUCGGGAGAUGUCAGCCAGCAGGAACCGUACAAUGGUGAUUUUGAGAGGGCGAUGGCAGCAAUCAAGGCCAAAACACUGGUGCUCCCCAGUAAGACAGAUCUUUACUUCCCACCCGAGGAUUCUGAGUAUGAGGUGAAAUGCAUGAACCAAGACGUUGGCACUCUUGAUAUCUUCCCCUCAAUCUGGGGACAUUGGGCAGGAGGGCCACCAGGCAAUAUGGAAGAUGUCAAGUGGCUCGAUGAGAGACUGGCUAAGAUUUUCAGAGACACUCCAACUGCAUAG